GCUGUCCAAAGAAAGCUAUCUGGCUCAUGGAAAACUAAAUAUAAAUAUUUAGAUCGCGAUAGCCCACCACAACUUCUUCAGGGGACGAGCCGGGUCUCUCUCACACCCAGAAUGGCGACACCCGACACUUCGACGCUGACGAGUUCAGCCCAAGUCUUCACAACAUACACGCUGCCGCAGAUUCGUGCCAUCCACAAGACGCUGCACACCCAGAUCGACGAGAAGUCCGCCCGAUUGCGCACCCAAGUCGGCAGCAGCUAUCGCCAACUCCUCGGCACCGCCGACACCAUUGUGCAGAUGCAGGGAGAUAUGCUGUCGACGCAAGAAGUUCUGGGCCACAUGGGCAGCCAAUGCGGGCGCACAGUCGUCGAGAAGAAGAUUAUGGGUCUGGGCCGUUUCCGCGGCAAUGAGGAUGCCGAGGCGGCAUUGGGUCAGGCUGCACGCGUCAAGCUUCUCAGAGCAUGUGGGCUUGCUGUCAGCCGGUUGCUAAAGACGGGCACAAGCAAAGAUGCUGAGGGAGGUAGAGGGGACCGCCUCGUGCUGGCUGCGAAAGUCUUCGUGCUCAGUCGACUGCUUGUGUCAAGCUUUGGGAAUCUGAAAGUGGCCGAUGAAGAAAUCAGGAGCGCGGUUGAGAGUGCGAAGAAGAGCUUGGAUGGGUUGAGGAGAAAGCUAGUUCGUGCGGUCGAGAAGGUACUGCAAAAAGUUGGGGAGAAAACCGACAUAACCGAUAUCGUCAAAGCCUUGUCAGCGUAUAGUCUGUCGUCAAGCUCGGGGACAAGAGAUGUUCUGCGGCGCUUUUUGAGUAUCAGGGCCGAGGCGAUUACAUAUGAAUUCGACUACGAGGAACAUGAGAAGGACAGGGGCACAGAUAACGUCCUCAGAGGCCUCGAGUUAUACACCAAGACGUUGGUCGAGGUACAAGCACUGGUACCUAAUAGACUACCGGAGGCGUUGCUGGCACUUAAGAAGAAGCCUCUCCUCGCCGAUGAGACGCUACGGUCUUUAGAAGGCCUCAGGUUGGAUAUUUUCGAGACGUGGUGUGGUGAUGAAAUCCGGUACUUCACGCCUUUCAUACGACACGACGACCUAGAUGGGAAGCAAGCUAAGGAUAUGCUUAUGGGAUGGGCAAAGAAGGGCGGAGAAACUAUCCUAGGUGGCCUAAGUAAGACGCUCGAGCACAUCUCAGAAUUCAAGGCCAUCGUGGAACUACGGACAAGCACACUUCAACAAUGGAUUAGAGAUGGUGGGAAGGCUAGGGGAUUUGACCCAUCUAUUAUGCUCGACGGCCUGCGAAAGGCUAUCAACGAUCAUCUUCUGCAUCUCAUCGAGACGAAAGUUGUGAAGCUCAAGCUUGUGGGGUCCGAGGUCGCUUCCACGCUAGAGGCGUGGCAAUCCGGGAUAACUGAUCGGCAACGAGGUCUCUGGGAUGACGAGAUGCUCAGUAUCGACUUUUCCAUCGGCGCUGCUCAGAUCACACAUGAAGUUAUAUCUCGCGUCUACGGAAGAAAUGAUGCUGUGGCACGAGCCGUUACCGGGUUUGAAUCGUGGCAUCACAUCAUUGAUAAUGUCGGAGACCUGGUAGAGCAACUAAAACGACAGAGAUGGGAUAACGAUGUAGACGAGAUCGAGGACGAGGAGACCAUUGAGGCAAGGCAGGACCUCUUGAGCAAGGAUGACCCGCAAUUGCUUCAUACGAGACUAAAUGAGACGCUAAUAAAAGCAUUCAAAGACUUGGAUGAGCAGCUGACAACGCUGUGGCAAGGUCGCAAAGACGGGUUGGAUAAUGGACAAAUUGCCGCGUAUAUCCUCCGGAUCUUGAGGGAUAUCCGGAGACGCCUGCCUAAGCUUGAAGGAGUCCAGUCGUUCGGCCUGGAUAAUGUCUCCUCAUUGCAUGAAAAACUUGCAAUGCAUGUGUCUGUAGCACCAUUAGAGGAGUUUACCGCAACAACUCUAACGCAGAAGCGUGUGGCCGGCCGAGCGUUAUGGGAAGGAGAGCCACCAUUACCUAUUCAGCCUUCCCCCAGCACUUUCAAACUUCUACGGAAUGUCACAACAUCAAUGGGUGAUUCCGGGGUUGAUCUGUGGACCCCAGCUUCUGUCAAGACUCUGAAGCGCGUAUUUAGUCAACAACUUGCCGAAAUCUGGCACAAAGAGCUGGUAGCGCCCGUUCCUAUCUUAGACGAGGCGGAGUCUGCGACCAAGGUGGAUGACGAUGACAACAAGGAUGAGGCACCAACAGAAGAAGAUAAAACCGCGAAGGAGACCAGCCAGGAAUCAUCAGAGCGCAGCAAGAACGUGUUCAUUCAGUGGCUAUAUGAUGUGAACCUCCUACGUCUCUAUCUCGACAAUGGGGGUAGUGACUCCAAGAAAGUGUUGAAAGAUCUUGCUGCGGAAGUUCUAGAAAAGACAGGUCUAGAUAGCCCGGCAGAACGGCGCAUUGAGAAAGCGUCACAGGAGUACUGGAAGAGGACGAGUUUGUUAUUUAGCUUGCUCGCGUGAUGAUAUAUAUCCAUAGAUAAUGAUUAAGGAUGGUGUAGUAUAUAGAAAUAGCCUGCGAAGCCUUCGAAUAGCUCUAAAUAUAUCCAACAUCGGCGAAAGUCCUUUCGCAUAGUCUUUUACCCGCUCCAUGCCCGCUCCGUAUCAUUACUUCCGUCCAUAUCUCUUUCCCUUCAAAUCCGUACUUUGUUUCGUAAAAGAUUAUAGCUUAUGCCUCUUCUGCCCC